AUGUAUGCUGAUUCUUGGGGGAAAAGCAAAAGUUCUGGAAGGAUGUAAGUUAAGUUCCCCUGUCACCAUGCAUGUGGGAAUUCAGUGUGACCACAGAGACUGUGACUUGAGCACUUUGUCGUGCAUUUGGGGUUUUCUUUUAUAGUUGCUUUUGGUUUUGUGCUUAUCCGUGUGGAUUUGAGUGGAUUUGAGCAUUGGUCUGACUUGCAUGCAAUGCUCUUGUUGUUGUUGAUUUGUUUGAUGCUUUGGUGUGGUUUUGCUGUGAUUCAGUAGGAAAAUGUCCUGUCCCGUAGAACACAUAAAGCAUGAUUUCUCAUAUCAGUUAUUUAAAAUAGUAAAUCCAUCUUCUGUUCCUUCGGAUAGAAAUACAUAUAAAGAAAGAUGAUUAUGAAGCAGAAUAUCCAGGACUGUACUUCAGUCCACUGCAUGCUUUUAUGUUCCCUCCAUUCAACUCUGGUUAUUUUAUCUUACUGGUAUGGUCAGCAAUUUAGCCUGAUUCGAUUUUAGUGUAGUGAGCCGGUCCAGCCGUGCUCGCUGUGUGCUUGAUCAAUAACAGUAGAAAACAGCUUAGUUAUGCAGAAAGGCCAGUGAUUGAUUUGACUGUGUCCCUCUGUGCUUGCCGUAGUGCCGCAGCCGCCAACCAUAACUCACCAGUCUCCCAAGGAUUACAUCAUCGACCCUCGGGAGAACAUUGUCAUCCACUGUGAUGCCAAGGGGAAGCCGCAUCCCAGGUACACACACACACACUCAUACGCACGUCCACACGCACACGCACACACACAGCCAAUUGUUACACCACACUUGUAGUUGGCUAAAUCCCGAACAGUUAUAUUGAUUAGCUAUAUAAAAUAUGAAAAUGUACUGUGAUGACAGUUAAAAUGAUUUGGAUGUUCACUAACAUUGACAAUAAUCCACUUACAGCUUUUCGUGGACCAGGAACGGGACCCACUUUGACAUUGACCAGGACCCCAAGGUUACAAUGCGACCCCACUCUGGCACCCUGGUGGUGGAUAUCAGUGGAGAGAAGGCUGAGUCAUAUGAGGGGGUGUACCAGUGUACGGCCAGGAACGAACAUGGGACUGCAGUAUCAAACAAUAUCGUCAUCAGACAGUCCAGUAAGCAUCUCUAAAAUGUGUUAUCUCUUUGACCUUUUCGCUGUCAUUUCUGUCUUUCUUUCUCUUCUCUCUCUCUGUCUCUCUCUCUUUCUCCCUCUCUCAUUUUCUCUCCCUCUCUCUUUCUCUCUCCCUCUCUCUCUCUCUCUCUCUCUCUCUCUCUCUCUCUCUCUCUCUCUCUCUCUCCCUCUCUCAUUUUCUCCCUCUCUCCCUCUCUCAUUCCUACGCUGGGCCUUUCACCACUCUGUCUCUCCGACAUUCACCUCUCAGUCAUCUCAUAUCAAGUCAUGUCUGUCUCACUCUAUUCUCCACUGAGCUCAUCUCUGACGUGUCUCUGAUUUGUGACCAUUCAAUCUUUCUUUUCUCUCUUUUCUUGAAACUAAUAAGAUGUAUUUUCCAUCAUCAAUGCGCUCUUCAUGGAAGGUAAAGGUAACAUGUGGGAAGACAGCAUGCUAAUAAUUACCUGGAUACACCUAUUUCACCUUCCUUUGUGUUUACCUCUAGCUUGAUGCAAUUUAGUAGCUAGAACUCAUUCCUUCCAUGUAGCUAGAACUCAUUCCUUCCAUGUAGCCAGAACUCACUACUUCCAUGCCCUCUUAUUCUCUCAGUCCUUUUGGUGACAUUCAAUGAAUGUAGAAACCACAUACAGGUACACUAUACCAUAUUUUCCUCAUGUGUAUUUGGGCUAUCUAACUAAUGAGGUAUGUUCCCCUCCACCUCUUCAGGGUCCCCCUUGUGGUCGAAAGAAAGAAACAAGCCAAUCAUCGUUCAGGAGGGCGUGUCUCUGGUGCUACAGUGUCGGCCCCCUGCAGGCCUGCCCCUUCCCAUCAUCUUCUGGAUGGACAACAGUAAGUUGCAUUGCUAUUUGUUAUGUCUAGGGCCUGUUUGCUACAUACAGUACAUAGAGAGGGAGAAAUCGCUGGAUUUUUUAUAUAUUUUUUGCAAACACCCCUGUUUCUGAAUGGGGAAAUCUUAGAUAGUCUGUCCUGUUUCUGUCUGGGUUCUUUGCUUGUAAUUGAUUAAAUGAAAUGAGACAUUAACUAAAGCCUCAAAAUUGUUGCUCACUGACAUUCCUCCUAAUUGCCACUCUUCCCCAGUCUCCCAGAGACUGACUCAGAUCAGUAGGAUAUCCCAGGCCUUAAACACAUCUCUCCCCUCCUCCCUUAGACUUCCAGAGACUGCCUCAGAGCAGCCGCGUGUCCCAGGCGUUGAACGGAGACCUGCACUUCUCCAACGUCCUGAAGGAGGACUCGAGGAACGAUUACAUAUGUUACGCCCGCUUCCCUCACACACAGACCAUCCAGCAGAAACAACCCAUCACCGUCAGAGUGCUCAACCGUAAGAGUGUGUGUGUUCUUGUGGGUGGGUGUGAAUGUGCUUGUGCAUUGAAUGUGUGAGUCAGUUUGCGUAGGAGGGAAACUGUGUUUCCUAUCUCUGAUCCCAACCUCAGCGUCGCCAGUAGUAGUCUAGUAGUCACCAUGAUGAAAAGACACAUUGUCAAAGACCUUAUAUCUCAUUUUCUGCAUGAUGUGCAAUGUAGCCCCACCACUAAGUUAACUGAUUUUGUAAGGCCUUUGCUUUCACAGCUAUAGUGAACACUCUCUCAACAACAAAAGGCCUUCUCAUACAGUCUAGCAUUUACCGCUGACGGAUUGUUAUGAUGCCAAAUUGUCCAGACUAUGCAGAUUCACAGACAAGAUUUGAUGACCAUCUAUACUCUAUAUCUAUGAUCAGCAUUCAGCAUUUUGUUCAGUUCACAUGGUUUGAUUUUAGAUUCAAGCAUUUAUGAUUAUUUUGUCCAAUCACUUUAUUGCUUUUUUAUAUCACUUGAUUUCAACAUGUGGCAUGUUUGAUUAUUUUUUGUUGUGUUACAGUGGAUGCAAUCAAUGAGACUGUUGCUGCUUUAUACAAUGAAACUGAUUUAUUUAGUGGUGAGUUUUGGUACCCCCUAGUGGUCGUCCUCCUCCCAUAGUCGUCAAUCAACUCAAUACCAACCUCUAACAUUACAGUAACUCCUUAACCUUUUCCCUAGUGAUUUGUCCCUACCUUAGCAAUAUUAGCAAUCAAGCACAUAACUAGCAUCAACCCUUUAGCCUAGUGAUACCCUCUCCCAUAGUAGUAAACCAGUACUAGAACUCAAACCACUAACAUUCAACCCAUAACCGUGUCCCAACUUCUGAUCCUAACUUGUCGAAUGAAUAACAUUUUGUGAGAGACUACAUUGUUUUCUAUAACAACUAUUUAUUAACAUAAUUUCAAAUGCUUAACCAUUGCAUGAUGGUUCUUCCUUUGCCUUGCUCAUACACGACAUGGCCAAAAGUAUGUAGACACCCUUUCAAAUUUACAUUUUAGUCAUUUAGCAGACACUCUUAUCCAGAGCGACUUACAGUUAGUGAAUGCAUACAUUUUUCAUAUUGGCCCCCCGUGAGAAUCGAACCCACAACCCUGGCGUCACAAACAAAUGUGUGGAUUCAGCUAUUUCAGCCACACCCAUUGCUGACAGGUGUAUAAAAUCGAACACACAGCCAAGCAAUCUCCAUAGACAAACAUUGGCAGUAGAAUGGCCUGUACUGAAGAGCUCAGUGACUUUCAACGUGGCACCGUCAUUGGAUGUCACCUUUCCGACAAGUCAGUUUGUCAAAUUUGUGCCCUGAUAGAGCUGCCCUGGUCAACUGUAAGUGCUGUUAUUGGGAAGUGGAAACUUCUAGGAGCAACAACUGCUUAGCCGCGAAGUGGUAGGCCACACAAGCUCACAGAACGGGACCGCCGAGUGCUGAAGCGCGUAAAAAUCAUCUGUCCUCAAUUGCAAUUCUCACUACCGAGUUUCAAACUACCUUUGGAAGCAACGUCAACACAAGAACUGUUAGUCGGGACCUACAUUAAAUGGGUUUCCAUGGCCGCCAUUGGACUCUGGAGCAGUGGAAACACGUUCUCUGGAGUGAUGAAUCACGCUUCACAAUCUGGCAGUCCGACGGACAAAUCUGGGUUUGGCGGAUACCAGGAGAACACUACCUGCCCCAAUGCAUAGUGCCAUCUGUAAAGUUUGGUGGAGGAGGAAUAAUGGUCUGGGGUUGUUUUUCAUGGUUCAGGCUAGGCCCCUUAGUUCUAGUGAAGGGAAAUCUUAACGCUACAGCAUAUAAUUUAAAUUUUUUAAAUUUUAGGCGUUUAGCAGAUGCUCUUAUCCAGAGCGACUUACAGUUAGUGAGUGCAUACAUUUUUCAUAUUGGCCCCCCGUGGGAAACGAACCCACAACCCUGGCGUUGCAAGCGCCAUGCUCUACCAACUGAGCUACAGGGGAUCUGUAGCUCAGUUGACAUUCUAGACGAUUCUGUGCUUCCAACUUUGUGGCAACAGUUUGGGGAAGGCGCUUUCCUGUUUCAGCAUGACAAUGCCCCCGUGCACAACGCGAGGUCCAUACAGAAAUGGUUUGUCGAGAUCGGUGUGGAAAGCUUGACUGACCUACACAGAGCCCUGACCUCAACCCCAUUGAACACAUUUACAUUUUUGUCAUUUAGCAGACGCUCUUAUCCAGAGCGACAUACAGUUAGUGAGUGCAUACAUUUUCAACACCUUUGGGAUGAAUUGGAACGCCGACUGCGAGCCAGGCCUAAUCGCCCAACAUCAUUGCCCGACUUCACUAAUGCUCUUGUGGCUGAAUGGAAGCAUGUCCCUCAGCAAUGUUCCAACAUCUAGUGGAAAGCCUUCCCAGAAGAGUGGAGGCUGUUAUAGCAGCAAAGGGGGGACCAACUCCAUAUUAAUGCCCUUGAUUUUGGAAUGAGGUGUUCGACGAGCAGGUGUCCACAUACUUCUGGUCAUGUAGUGUUAUCUUGUAAAUGGACAAAUAACAUGAUGUAUUCUAUUCAGUAGACUACUUUUGAAAAGCUUUAUAUUUCAUUAGAGCAAAGUAGAUUGACAGCUUUGCAAACUGUGAAUGGUCCAACCACUACCAACACCACAGUUUGUUAUUUGAUUCUUUUCUCCCAGCCAACCUAAUUCUUUCUUCCCAUCUUUCAUUUCCUAUCAGUUCAUUUCUCAUUGUUUGUAAAAGCAUCACUUCCUGUGUGUCUGUCUGUCUGGUACCCUGACGAUGAGAAAUGUGAUUUUGUAGUCAGUGAUUUUGUCAGGAGGCUACGUAAAAGCCAAUCGGAGAGAGUCAAUUCUCAAAGAAAUGCUUGCAUGUACCUCAAUUAAUGUCUACGUGUCAUCAUUGCCACAAUCACAAGCGCAAUUUGUUGAACUCAGGAAAUCUUAACCACCAAUAAUCCUUUUGAUUAUCCUCAAAGUAUUUGUUAUCCUCACAUUAUCUUACACUACUAGAAAGUAGUUUACUGUUAUAACUGCAUAGGAAAAUACAAGAUCUAGAAAUGUAUACCGCCUCUUCGUACACCUCGACCAAAGACCACCUUUACAGUAAGUGAUGAAGGCAAGGAUUCAAUCCAACACAGAUUUAGUACCUGCACACAGCGAUAGACUUUUAAUUAAAGGCAAUUUCGUAUACGCUUGCAGAGAUCACGUUCACUAAAAAACCCUGCUCAAACAGAAAUCACCUUUAAAAGUAAAUUGCAGUGUUUAAGUGUGUGAGCCCUGACCUGGUCCUCCAUAGUGGUACAGCACUGACUGUGGUAGAAGAACCAUAGAAAUAGAAUACAUAGAACAGUAGAAGUCUUGUUGUGACUAAUGGUGUCUUUGACCCCUCCAUUGUGACUGCAGAUGGCUCGGCGGAGGAGAGGAGACCCACCUUCAUGAUCCCAUCUGGCUCCAGCAGCUCCAAGAUUGUGCUGAGAGGACAGGUCCUGGAGUUGGAGUGUAUCGCUGAGGGACUGUAAGGACACAGUGUCAUUGAGAAAAUGUCAAUUUGUUUUACCUGUAUUAUGUAUUGUAUAUACCUCUAUUAUUAAUGAAAUAUACCAUUUUGUAUGUGUGCUUACAAAACAUUAUGCUCUUUCCAUGACAUAGACUGACCUGGUGAAUCCAGGUAAAAGCUAUGAUCCCUUAUUGAUGUCACUUCUUAGAUCCACUUCAAUCAGUGUAGAUGAAAGGGAGGAGACAGGUUAAAGAAGGAUUUUUAAGCCUCGAGAAAAUUGAGACAUUGAUUGUGUAUGUGUGCCAUUCAAGACAAAAUAUUUAUGUGCCUUUGUACUGGGUAUGGUAGUAGGUGCCAGGCGCAGCGGUUUGUGUCAAGAACUGCAACGCUGCUGGGUUUUUCACGCUCAAUAGUUUCCUGUGUGUAUCAAGAAUGGUUCACCACCCAUAGGACAUCCAGCCAACUUGACACAACUGUGGGAAGCGUUGGGACGGGAACCUAGUGGAGAGUCCAUGCACGGCGACUUGAGCGUGAGGCAAAGGAGGGGAGGGAGAAGUUCACUGAAAACUUCUUAUGUGUGUUUUCUCUCUCUCUCUAUCUUCUCUAUCUCUUCUCUCUCGCUCUCUCCUCUUUUCUCCUCCUCAACUCCUCCCUCCUCCCUCCCUCCCUCCCUCCCUCCCAUUCACCCCCCCCCUCCGACCCACUCCAGAGGUCUCGUGGAUUAAGGUGAGCGGGGGAGUUUCCCUGCCAAGCGGACCUCCUUCCUGCACUUCCAGAAGACACUGCGUAUUGUUGACGUGUCUGAGGCGGAUGCCGGAGAGUACCGCUGCACCGCCCGCAACCACCUGGCUUCCGUACACCACGCCAUCCGCGUCACCGUCAAAGGUUUGUCAUGUGACUUGCCAGUUAAUGCCACUGACUGGCUGGCACACAUGUAGCCUAUAGCAGAGUGGUCAUGGGUUAGAAUUCAACCCACUGCUCUUCUGACUUGCCCUCCUCCUACUUUUCCUAUCUGCCUAUCACUGUCCUGUUCAAUAACACCACAAAACAACGGUCAGUGACGAGCAGGGCUGAAAUGGGUUGGGAACGCACAGCUGCCUUCUGGGCUUUUACGCUGCCGAUCUAUCUCCCUUAUUGAUUUUUAAAUGGUGGUAUCCGGAGCAGGGGGUUCAGUCAUUAACCGGUUGCCUGCCUUUGAAUAUUGUUCACUGUGCCAUUUUUGCUGACCCUUUGUGAUGUGAGGUAAUCAAUAACCCGGGUGUCGGCUUGCCUUGUGCUCCCCUGUUCCCCUCCCAGCGGCCCCGUACUGGAUCAGUGCACCCAAGAAACCUGGUGCUGGCCCCCAGAGAGAGGGGUAAUUUGAUCUGCAGGGCCAGUGGUACCCCCAAACCCACCAUCACCUGGGCCAUGAACGGAAUCCCCAUGGAAAGUGAGUACUCAGUAUUGAUUGAUUAAUUGAUUGAUUGAGUGGCAUUGCCUAUGUCUCUUACAGUGUACUCACUGUGCACAGACACUAAAGUAUAUUUCCCAAAUACUUGCAAUUACGUUAUUGUGUGUGCCAAUGUGAGGUUCAGACAAGGUUCAAGUGAAUAAUUAUAUAGGUUUAUGAUGAAACUUUUCACGCUUGUUUUGAUCCUUUGAUAGAUUCACCUAAGGACCCUAGUAGGAAGGUGGAGGGUGACACCAUCAUCUUCGAGGAAGUCCAGACUGGAUCCAGUGCAGUCUACCAGUGCAACGCCUCCAAUGAAUAUGGAUAUCUGCUGUCCAAUGCCUUCGUCAACGUUCUCUGUGAGUCGACACAUACUUGAACUUAGAACAACUUUUCUGUCUCUGCAUUGGAUUGCAUCAUGAAGUGAUCUACACUGCAUGAACUCAGUACUCAGUAUUGUUGUCACAUGAUUUCUCUUGCAGAAUAUAAGUAUAAUCAUUGUUGUGUCUCUCUAUAGCUGAAACACCCAGAGUCCUGACUCCAGCUAACAAGGUCUACCAGGUGAUCAGGAACAACCACGCCUUACUGGACUGUUCCUCCUUCGGCUCGCCCAUCCCCAAAAUAACAUGGUGAGUUCAUGACCCUUUGAACUCUUAGAAGGCUACGUCCAGAUUUUCCACUCUUCUCUCAAAGUUUCCACUGUUGUUAAAUCAUGAUGGGGAGUGCAGAGGUGGGAGAAGGGUGGAGAAUCUCUGACGCAGUCAGUGUUCCCAGCUUAGAAGCUCAUAGCCUGUGGCUCCCCUCUCCCCUGUCAGGUUUAAGGACAGCAGGUCCAGCACCCUGGACGGGGACCCCUACGUGGUGCAUGAGAACGGGACUCUGGAGAUACAUGUGGCCCAGGCCCUCAACAGCGGGAAGUACACUUGUGUGGCCAGGAACUCUCUGGGCAUCUCUGAGAACCACGUCUAUCUUGAGGUCAAAGGUGAGAGCCUAGGAUUACUGCAAUACACUCUGUCUCUGUCUCUCUGUCUGUUUCUAUGCUUUUGUUAUUUUGCUUUUCUGAAACAAACUUCCAAGAGUUGCUGAAAAUAUUUUUCAUAUUUUGCUUACUCUACCUGACAUAAUUUAUGAAGGAUGUAUAACAGCUGAACAAACUUUGGUUAAUCCUUUAGGGGAGAGUGGGGUAAAUUGAGCCAUUUUUUACAUUCAGCAUUACUCCAUCAAGAGAAAUAUAGUAUUCUUUCUAACAUAGGUUAUCUACAUAUAUUUCAGGAUGUUGUGUAUCCCUGGAAAUAAUCAGAAUUCAUGAAAAUAUAGCAGUUUUGAAAACAUAGUUUGUCCAAAAAAAGUGGUCUCUUGGCACAACUUAACCCGGGUAUGGGGUAAAUUGAGCCACGGGACAGGGUAAGUUAAGCCACUUACACAUUUCUGUACUGAAUUAAUUAUUACCACUACCUUUUUAAAACCAUGUCUAUCUUUAUUUCCCAAACACAAUUCAACACAAUCACAAUUGCUUUUUUGUCUUUUAAUCAUUUUAAUCAUUUGUACUUGUUUAACGUACUUGUUUAACGCCAAGGUAGUGGGUUCGAUCCCCGGGACCACCCACACACAAAAAUGUAUGCACGCAUGACUGUAAGUCGCUUUGGAUAAAAGCGUCUGCUAAAUGGCAUAUUAUAUUAUUAUUAUAUUAUAUUAUAUUAUAUUUAUAUUAUAUUAUUAUAUAAACACUUUUAACAUAGGCCAGGCCAUCUUGUUACCUCAUAUCCCAGCGAUAAUGCCUUGCAAUUACGCCUGGGAAGAAAACACUUCAAUUUGCUCAACUUGCCAUUGGCUCAACAAUUGGUUCAACUUACCCCAAGGCAAACAUUUUGACUAUAUUAGCCCACACAGUUACAAGGAUGCACUUACAUGCUAGGUUUAGGACCUCGUAUUGAAGCUUAUGGAGACCACAACUGAUGUAUAGAACAAUCUUGAGUAUCUACUUUGGUUCAAAUACAAGCAUCAUGAAACCUGUAACUCAAUAAAUUCGACUUGGUGAAAAUCUGUUUUUUGGGACUUUGGACCACUUUUUCCAUGUGGUUCCUUGCAUCACAGACUCCAUGAAAUGAUGACCUCUUCCUAAAGAUUUUUGUCAAAUUAUUAAUUUUGUUUAUGGUUUCCUAGAAACAAGGGAGGCCCUUUGGCUCAACUUACCCCACUCUCCUUUACUGAGUUUUCUGACCCCUUCUCCCCUCAGAGCCCACGCGUAUCCUGAAGCAGCCGGAGUACAAGGUGGUGCAGAGGAACAGAAACGUGGUGUUUGAGUGUAAAGUAAAACACGACCCCUCCCUCAUCCCCACCAUGACCUGGGUCAAAGACGACGGAGAACUACCCGACGACGAGAGGUCGGUGGUCCUCAAACACGCAUCUUUCAACAUAGAGCACCAUGCAAUUAUAUCUACAAUAGUCAAACCUAGCUUUACAUUAUGUCUCAUCUUGUGACAGUAUUUUUGUUUAUCCAUUAGUCCAUCAGGGCUAAUCUUCCUGACUUCAUACACAAAACACACAAAUCAACCCGAACAAAAGGGUUAUACACUAACAUAAGAGGACACAAGAGGAUGCAUUAAACUGACUGACAUUGUCUGUCGUCUCAGGUUUGUGGUGGACUCUGACAGCCUGACCAUAAACGACGUGACAGAGAAUGAUGCAGGAACGUACACCUGCAUCAUGAACACUACUCUGGACCAGGACUCUGCUAGCGCUGAGCUCACUGUUGUCGGUAUGUUCACGCUCUCAUACGUACACCUCCAUGUACUAUUGUGAAUCCUUCCUUAAAGUACAAGUGGAUCUGGGUUUUCACCUUCCUUGAAGUAUAACAGAUUUUGUGUUAAGAGUAUGUGUUAGUGUUGUUGGGAAAAAUAAAACGAUUAUAUUCUAUAUGUGUAAUAAUACCCAGUGAGAGAGAAGGUGCUCUGUCGUCUUGUAUCACUAACAACUAAACCCCUACUUCACUCCUACCUGCCAUCCUACCUGGCAGAGGCAGCUCCUACUCCAGCUAUAGUCCACGGUAAACCAGCAUCACACACAAGCGGGUGCUUAAGCUAUGCUUCCAUGCUUGUGUGUGUGGGGGAUCUGUCAGUCUGGUCUGCAAACUCAAGCAUGCUCUGCUGCUCGCAGAUGUGAUCAUCUAUUGUGUUUGUUUGUAAUAUCACCAGCAUCCGGACUGAUGGGCGGACGGAGGGACUAUCAUUUUGAUUUAACCACCAUGUUUUAUGGCCUUUUGGAUUUCAGUCUUUUUGUCUGCAGUUUGCAGAUUUUUGUUCUCCCCUCAAUGUGGAACUUUCAUGUUGUUUUGCAUGUAUUGAGUGAAUACAUGAUCAAUAUAGUACAAUUCAAACUUCUAGGUUGUGAGUGUGAAGUAAUUACCAGUGCCUUUGAAUGCCAAGAUAAUGUAUCUCCCUCUCCAUCCCUGUCACACAGUGGGGUCCUUCUGAAAUGUGUCAUCUCCAUCCAGCUCGAGUGUGCAUGCUGCUUUAUCAUUAUCCAAAACAUGGAGUCUUGGUGUUGCUGUGGUGUAGUUAAAGUGCCAUUCCAAUGUACUGUUCUAAACCCAGUUUAUUUAUCUCGUCAUCUCCUGUGUGUAUCUUCUCCAGAACAACCAGACCCUCCUACUGACCUGGAGCUGACAGACCAGAAGUCCAAGAGUGUCCAGCUCACCUGGAUACCCGGAGACGAACACAACAGCCCUAUUCACAGUAUGUGUGUGUGUGUGUGUGUGUGUGUGUGUGUGUGUGUGUGUGUGCGUGUGUGAAUGACCUUACUGACCUACUCUCAGAACCCUAUCUAUGCUGACUAUAUCAUUAUUAUCCUGAGAAUAUACUAUAGCUAGUCAAUCUCAAUAUGUGCAAUUAUGUUUGCACAGCACUACCCAUAUCAUAUGCCUUUAACGAUGGAUUUCAUGUGUUUUAAACAUUUGCAGGUUCAGGAUAGUAUCUUCCAGGAUAUUCUUGUUAAUUAUACAAUAUAUGAGUGAGCUCAGAGAGCUUAGGCCUAUUUGCAUUUGAUUGUUAACUAUCCAAACUAUCCAAAGACUGGAGUUAGCUAAUACGUUCCAAAUACAUUCUAAACAUCGGAGUGUAAAAAACAUGGCUUGCAUUCUCUGCAACAGCUCAUCACUUUUCUACCUCCUCCCCCCCCCCCCCCCCCCCCCAGAGUUUUUGAUCCAAUACGCAGACUCUCUCCACCACCAUGGCCACUGGCACAACAUGACGGAGGUGCCGGGCACUAAGACCACAGCCCACCUCAAGCUGUCUCCUUAUGUUCACUACACCUUCAGAGUCCUGGCCCUCAAUGCUGUGGGCCUCUCCAACCCCUCCUUGCCCUCCCGCAUGUACAAGACCAACCCUGCGGGUACAGACUGUAGGAUUUACUUGUUCAUGUGGUUGAUUGCAUAAUUAGUUGACUUUGAUACUGUUGAUUUGGCAUUCUGUUUAAUUGGAAUUUGUUUGUCCCAUUAGCUCCAGAUGAGAACCCCAGUGGAGUUGAAGGCUUUGGAACUGAACAUGACAACCUUAUGAUCUCAUGGAAGGUAAGCUACUGUUCCAUCAUUUUAUAUGUAAGGGUGAUGGUGCAUGUAGUACUCUUAGCCUAACUAAUGAAUUAUUUUGGAUUCAGUAAUUAUAAUGUGGCUAAAAACGUUCUCUCAUCCUAUCUGCAGCCAAUGUCAGGUCACCAGGCCAACGGACCAGGCCUCCAGUAUAAGGUGAUGUGGAGACAGAAGGACGUGGACAAGGACUGGACGUCAGUGACCGUGGCUAACGUCUCCAAGUUCAUGGUCUCUGGCACGCCCACCUUCACACCCUACGAGGUCAAGGUUCAAGCCAUCAACAACUACGGGAUUGGACCUGAGCCAGCUGUGGUCACCGGACACUCUGGGGAGGACUGUGAGUAACACACAACUCAACUUUGCAUUUUAGGGAGACACUAUGGGCCAGUUUCUUGGACACAGAAUAAGCCUAGGCUAGUCCUGGACUAAAAGCAUGCUCAAUGGAAAAUCUUUAUUGCAAUGUAUUUUUAGUCCAGGGCUAGGCUUGAUCUUGGUCUUGAAAACUGACCCGCUACAGUAUGUGUUUGCAUGACUUGCCAAACUAAAAGUUGUUGAAAGAGACUACAUGAUUACAAGUAUCUCUCCCUUUAACCUGUACUAUAACUAGUUACUGUAACUAGACUAGUGGGUUUAAUUAAGUCUCUCCAUUGUGUCCUGCUCCCUCUAAACUGUGUUCUACUCCCCUCUGACCUCUGCUUCCACAGUGCCGGUGCAGGCACCAGACAGUGUCCAGGUCCUAGUGUUGAACAGCACUCUGGCUGAGGUGCACUGGGAGCCUGUCCCUCCUAAAACAGUACGGGGACGUCUUAAGGGAUACAAGGUACACACACACACACACACACACACACACACACACACACACACACACACACACACACACACACACACACAGCUCUGUAUCAUCCCCCAUUGAAUGUAUUUCAUUCUGUGUCCUACCAGGUGUAUUACUGGCGUGAGCGGAGCCUCCACAAACACAACCCCCACCACGUGGAGCAGCAGGUCCUGACCUUCAGUGGGAACAAGAGUCAUGGCAUGCUCCCCGGCCUGCAGCCCUACAGCCUCUACCUGUUCAACGUCAGGGUCUUCAACGGCAAGGGGGAAGGCCCCGCCAGCUCCAACCAGCAGUUUGAGACCCCAGAGGGAGGUAGGAGGAGCCAGCUUUCUAUUCUAUUUGUAUAGAGGGUAUCUUAUCAAGGCCAUUUCAGCUAAGGUUGAUGGGUCUGUUGUUAUGCUUUUAUGCUGCAUACAAUUUACCAUUCGGGGACAAUAAAGAUUCAUUCAAUUGAAAAAGGAAUAAUGAUAAGCAGCAGGGUCAAUGUCAUUAUAAUCUGAAAAAAAAUGGACCCCAACCCUGAUAGGCUUUGUAUUCCGUACUCUAGUAAUGGAAUGUGAAUAUUCCUUCUGUGACUAUGCCAGUUCUCACGUGCUGUUGUUUACUGUGUGUCUGUCAUGCUCUGCAGUCCCUGGGCGGCCAUCUUUCCUGAGGAUCACCAACCCUAACCUGGAUUCUUUGACUCUGGAGUGGGGCCCUCCCUACGACCGCAACGGACGUCUCACCGGCUACACCCUCAAAUAUCAGCCAGGUGAGCUUACAUAGCAUUACUCUUUUACUUGUGUUUUGGCUGUAGGAGGGUUGUAUCAGGGAUAAAAUAGUGGGCAUCAAGAGCUAGAGGUUCUACCAGAGCUUUGAUGGAGGGAGUUGGUUAUCUGGUUAGCAUUAUCUUAGCCAGGGAGUACCUUUUCUAUUUGUUGUUUGUAGUCAUGUCUGCUGUUCAGUAUGUCCUCCUUUAUAUGUCUUGUUAGAACCAUAUGUAUUCGGUAUUAUUACGUAGUGUGUGUACCAAGUGGAUGAGCCUGUGAUAGCUAGAAACGACAUUAGCGGACAGAGUGAGAACCACACCGAUUGAUGGAUAAUCUGAUGUCACUUCCAUCCCUCCACCUUUCCACACGUAUUAUCUUGCUACACCUAUGCCCUUGCUCCCUCUUCCACCCAUCCAUCCAUCCAUCCAUCCAUCCACCUGCCCCUUCUUGCUACACCUAUGCCCUUGAUCCCUCUUCCACCCAUCCAUCCAUCCAUCCAUCCACCUGCCCCUUCUUGCUACACCUAUGCCCUUGCCCCCUCUUCCACCCAUCCAUCCAUCCAUCCACCUGCCCCUUCUUGCUACACCUAUGCCCUUGCCCCCUCUUCCACCCAUCCAUCCAUCCAUCCAUCCACCUGCCCCUUCUUGCUACACCUAUGCCCUUGCUCCCUCUUCCACCCAUCCAUCCAUCCAUCCAUCCACCUGCCCCUUCUUGCUACACCUAUGCCCUUGCCCCCUCUUCCACCCAUCCAUCCAUCCAUCCACCUGCCCCUUCUUGCUACACCUAUGCCCUUGCCCCCUCUUCCACCCAUCCAUCCAUCCACCUGCCCCUUCUUACUACACCUAUGCCCCUGCCCCCUCUUCCACACAUCUUGCUACACCCCUGCCCCAUCCUCUUCCACUCUUCCAGUCAAUAACUCCAACGAGCUGGGUCCGGUGGAGGAGCUGGCCCUGCCAGCCAACGAGACCGCUGUCACGCUCCUUAACCUCAAGUACAGCACGCGUUACAAGUUUUAUUUCAAUGCCGAAACAGGCCAGGGAGCAGGGCCUGUCAUUACAGAGGAAGCCGUCACUAUCAUGGAUGAAGGUAAGUGUUAACGCGCUGAUGAUGGUCACAAGCAGAAAACAACCUGAACUGUAGUCAGUUUCUAUCGAUGCGUACCCCAUUCAUAUGAGGUAUCCUGUCAACCAUUUUGAAAGCUUCAAGUCAACUCAGGACUAUCAUCCCCCAAAACAUCUAGAUUGUGUUUUUGUGUUUUAUACUUAAGCAAUAAGGCCCGAGGGGGUGUGGUGUAUGGCCAAUAUACCACGGCUAAGGGCUGUUCUUAUGCAUGACGCUACGCGGAGUGCCUGGAUACAGCCCUUAGCCGUGGUAUAUUGGUAAUAUACCACAAACCCCUGAGGUGCCUUAUUGCUAUUAUAAACUGGUUACCAACGUAAUUAGAAGAGUAAAAUUGUUUUGUCAUACCCAUGGUAUACGGUCUGAUAUACCACGGCUUUCAGCCAAUCAGCAUUCAGGGCUCGAACCACCCAGUUUAUAAUUGUUAUAAUGCAUGGUACUCUGUUUUGUACUGUAAGUUGUUUUUGUGGAUGUUGUUUGUGGAUGUACAAUAUAAUUUUACCGGUUAGCAUGUGAAUGAAGUAUACAGCAUCGUACCAAAGCAUGAUAUCACCUCAGUGUAGUAGUUGUAAGAACACUAGUGGAUUGAUGACUGUGUUCCAGUUGUACUUUGUUAUCCACAGCUGGUUCAUUCUCUACCCUUGUGUACCCUCUAUAUUUAUAUUACAGCAUGUUCAUUUGGACCUCUCUGAGACUCACUCUCUGAUACAUAUAGGGACUUCAGGGGUCAGAUCGUUGAACUCUACUUUCUCCCCUUUUGUGUCCCUUUUCCCUCUCAAAGUCCUAAUGCAUCAGCCCUCAGUCGAUGCGGUUGUCAAAGUGCAUACCCCUCAUACAGAUGCUCCUCAUACUGAUCUGGGACUUUAUUAACAAAGCAUCUCUGAGAAGGAGUGCUGAACCAGGAUCAGUUCUACCUUUUACAUCAUAAUGAAUUAUGGACACAAAGAACCUGAUCAACACUCAUAUUCUGAGAUGCUUUAUGUAUAUGGCCUUGGCUUCAAAGACCAGUCCAAGCAUGCCGUCCCCUUUGAAAUAUUAUCCACCAAACCCCUCGACCCUUUGACCUAGCAGGAAAGCUGAAACCAUGAAGAUACAAUGAGCCCCAAAAGUAUUGGGACAGUGACACAUGUUUUUGUUGUUUUGGCCCAGCUUUAAUUUGAGGAUAUUUCCACCCGUAUCGGGUGAACCAUUUAGAAAUUACAGCCCUUUUUGUACAUAGCCCCCCAAUUUUAGGAGACCAAAAGUAUUGGGACAAAUUCACUUACACUACCGGUCAAAAGUUUUUGUUAUUUUCUACAUUGUAAAAUAAUAGUGAAGACAUCAAAACUAUGAAAUAACACAUAUGGAAUCAUGUAGUAACCGAAAAAGUGUUAAACAAAUCAAAAUAUAUUUUAUAUUUGAGAUUAUUCACAUAGCUAUCCUUUGCCUUGAUGACAGCUUUGCACACUCUUGGCAUUCUCUCAACCAGCUUCAUAAGGUAAUCACCUGGAAUGCAUUUCAAUUAACAGGUGUGCCUUCUUUAAAGUUAAUUUGUGGAAUUUCUUUCCUUCUUAAUGCGUUUAAGCCAAUCACUUGUGUUGUGACAAGGUAGGGGGGGUAUACAGAAGAUAUCACGAUUUGGUAAAAGACCAAGUCCAUAUUAUGGCAAGAACAGCUCAAAUUAGCAAAGAGAAACGACAGUCCAUCAUUACUUUAACACAUGAAGGUCAGUCAAUACGGAACAUUUCAAGAACUGAACGUUUUUUCAAGUGCAGUCGCAAAAACCAUCAAGCGCUAUGAUGAAACUGGCUCUCAUGAGGACCGCCACAGGAAUGGAAGACCCAGAGUUACCUCUGCUGCAGAGGAUAAGUUCAUUAGAGUUACCAGCCUCAGAAAUUGCAGCCCAAAUAAAUGCUUCACAGAGUUCAAGUAACAGACACAUCUCAACAUCAACUGGCCUUCAUGGUCGAUUUGCUGCAAAGAAACUACUACUAAAGGACACUAAUAAGAAGAAGAGACUUGCUUGGGCCAAGAAACAUUGGACAAUAGACUGGUGGAAUUUGUCCUUUGGUCUGGUGUCCAAAUUGGAAAUGUUUGGUUCCAACCGCUGUGUCUUUGUGAGACGCGGUGUGGGUGAACGGAUGAUCUCUGCAUGUGUAUUUCCCACCAUAAAGCAUGGAGGAGGAGGUGUUAUGGUGUGGGGGUACUUUUCUGGUGACACUGUCUGUGAUUUAUUUUGAAUUCAAGGCACACUUAACCAGCAUGGCUGCCACAGAAUUCUGCAGCGAUAGCCAUCCCAUCUGGUUUGGGCUUAGUGGGACUAUCAUUUGUUUUUCAACAGGACAAUGACCCAACACACCUCCAGGCUGUGUAAGGGCUAUUUUACCAAGAAGGAGAGUGAUGGAGUGCUGCAUCAGAUUGCCUGGCCUCCACAAUCCCCCGACCUCAACCAAAUUGAGAUGGUUUGGGAUGAGUCGGACCGCAGAGUGAAGGAAAAACAGCCAACAAGUGCUCAGCAUAUGUGGGAACUCCUUCAAGACUGUUGGAAAAGCAUUCCAGGUGAAGCUGGCUGAGAGAAUGCCAAGAGUGUGCAAAGCUGUCAUCAAGGCAAAGGGUGGCUAUUUGAAAAUAUAUUUUGAUUUGUUUAACACUUUUGUGAUUACUACAUGAUUCCAUAUGUGUUAUUUCAUAGUUUUGAUGUCUUCACUAUUAUUCUACAAUGUAGAAAAUAAAGUAAAAAUAAAUAAAAACUGUUGAAUGAGUAGGUGUUCUAAAACUUUUGACCGGUAGUGUAUAUGUGUAUUCAAGUAGUAAAAAGUUAAGUAUUUGGUCCUGUAUUCAUAGCACGAAAUAUCUACAUCAAGCUCGUGACACUACAAAUGUGUUGGAUGCAUUUGCUGUUUGUUUUGGUUGUGUUUCAGAUUAUUUUGUGCCCGAUAGAAAUUAAUAGGAAAUAAUGUAUUGUGCCAUUUUGGUAGUCCAUUUUAUUGUAAAUAAGAAUAUAAUAUGUUUUUAAACACUUCAACAUUAAUGUGGAUGCCAACAUGAUACCAUUUCCAAUCCAAAGUGCUGGAGUACAGAGACAAAACAACCAAAACAUGUGUCACUGUCCGAAUACUUUUAGAGCUCACUCUAGCUGGAUAGAGACAUUAAAAUAUGAUGUGAUGCAUCUUUGGCUGCUGCAACACCUUUUGCCAUGUGACAGACUCAAGACUCUUCAGAGUUUUGUGUUGUAUCUUAUUUUCUAACUGCGUUAUGAAGACUUUAGCUCGCCCCCUGUGUCUGCUGAUCUAUGUCUAUAUCUAUGUCCGGCUAGUGCUGCCUGUCCCAUGCAUGACAUUGUGCGUGUUUGAACCUUGCUCAAACUGAUCCCCUCAAACAUACUUCCACUGCAUGCCAAUGGACCUGUGUAACCUCACUGCCAAUCUUUGCCUUUGGUUUGUGUUGUCUACCUCUGCCUGUUGUGUGUCUGUUGUGUGUCUUUGUCUGUGGUGUUGUGUGAUGUUUCUUAUUCCUCUCCAUGUUGUUCCAGGGAACACCCAACCCUCACCUCCCAUAGCACGGUCUCCUCCGACACACCUCCCAUUCCACAAGGGUACAGCUGCUCUAGACCUUGUCAUAUUCCCAGUCAUACUGCAGUAUAUCUAAUUAUUGCUUCUCUUGUGAUUGAUGGUUUACAAGGAUUGAUGUUAUCAUCCAUUGUAUUAUAGAAUGUGUAUUGCAAAUGUUUAGGCUUUAGUGUUUGAAUUUGAUUGUACGGCUCAUAAACAACGGAAGAACCGUAAGGUUAUUGAUCGACUUUAGAGUAAUUGAAGCUGGAAUGGAAAAUCGAAGUCUAUCUCACUUUGAUUUGGAUCUAUAGACUCUAUGUUGUGAUAUAGAUGCAUGUAAAUAUUGAAUUACAAGCUAAUAUUCUGCUAUAGGUGAGUGCAUAGAUAGACGCAUCAUCUGAAGGUGAAUAGACUGAAUUUAGCUUCAUUGUUGUCUUCCUCUCUUGUGCUCAGUGCAUCCAGCAGCUCCGGCAUUCAGGAACGUUAGCUCUUCCGUGGGAGAGGACGGAACACUGAUCAGUUGGGAAUACUUGGGAGCGGAAAAAAAUGUUUAUGUAGAAUAUAUAGUAGAGAACGAUAACAGUAAGAGAUAUUCCUCUAUCAGUUAUACUUAAACAUAUAGGUGGCAAGAGACUCCUACUCAAUGACUGGCUGUUGCAGGUGUAUAAAAACAUGGCAGUUAUGAGGCUGGCUGCUGUUACUUUGCCUCGUGCCCAGAUAUGAUAAAAACUGAUUUCUGUGAUUGGAUAAUACAAAUAUCCUCCGUGUGAUUGGCCAGAAUACAGAAUAUUGCCUUUAAACAGUUGGCACAAACCUAUUCAAAUGGUUCAUAGUCAAAAGCAGCAUAGACAGUCUAAAAUAAUGUUUAAUGUGCAAUGUCGAUUGACCUCGAAUUAGCGUUAGUUGUUUUUUAUUGACCAGCACUGAGGGUAAAAAAAACAGUGUGUGGAGUAUGGUUCUCUUACACCUGUACCUAGAAAAUAUUCUGAAAGUGAAUUAGCAUGAUGCAUCAUUCCUAUCAGUUCAAUCCCAAUAAUGUAGUUUCAGAGGCUUUUCAGUUUCCUAUUCAGAGUCACGUUGUAAUAUUUAGUCUAAUAACCCAGUUCACUGAGACACAUCCCACAAAUGUUUGUAAUCCCCAUACUUCAUUCGUAGAACACCAUGAAAUAACAUAAUACAAAUGUACAGAUGUAGUAAUAUCUAAUAUAGAUACCAUAUGUGAUACUAUCUCUAUUACUCCACCUCUGCAUAUAGCAUUUCAGUAGAUACACAAGUAAAAACCAUCUUUGCAUGAACACCAAAAGCCCAUCCCAACUUACAAUAUCAGUGUACGGUGUACAUAUUAGGACAUGAACACCUUUAGACUGACUGCAAUAGAUGUCCUAAUAUGUACACCAUACAUCUUUCGUCCUGCAACUCUCUAGGUGAAGAGGAGUGGCAGAAAGAGUAUGUAAAUGGCUCUCAGGCCUAUGUGCUGAAGGGCUUAAAGGGGGGCCUGUCCUAUAGGGUGCGCGUGGUCGCCAAGGGUCACAACGGCCAAGCGGUGCUCCACCAAUCAGAAGAGCUUUUGGUGAUGAUUCCAGGUGAGGCAGCACGCGAUUGGCCGGUCGCCGCCCGGCCUCGCUUUGCCUUGCCCUGUGUUGUGUUGGAGAGAUUGAGAAACGUGUGUGUAUGCGGUAGCUGUGUUAUUCUCCACUACUCAAGUACCUGUUCCGUGCCUGUGGAUUACAAUCCAGCAUUGUUUAUUAACAGCAUCUACAGUAUAUCUGUUGUUGUAGUCAUUUCUUAUGGAAACAUACUGUAGGCAUGUUCAGUAGAGAUGUAGACUUGGUAGUUUCCUGACCUGCAUGAUGUCGUCCUGUUUGUAUAUUUGUGUUGAAGUUGGGAAAGCAGUCUUGUUUAUGGUGAGACGUACAGUAAGAGCAUUCUCAUAUAGGUGAUGGAUCUCAUUCACAUAAUAUAGAAGGUUGAUGUGUAACUAUCUAUUAAUCCACCUAAUUGUCUCUCCUACUGUGGUUAACAUUUGGGUUUGUUUGUAAUGUGUGUGUACUCUGUGUGUGUGUGUGUGUGAGAGAGACUGAGAGGCAGAAAAAGAGAGAGAAGACGUGAAUGUUGUUUGCGUCAUGUACUGUAGAAGUCGAGCUGUUAACCGUCUUUAAUACGCUCUGUAUUAAUGUGCCUGUAACUUCCACAGAUAAGAUGUUUAACAUAACAUCACUAACAUACCAAUUGUCUUUUGCAGUAACACUAUGUAACAAUUUCCAAACAAUAAAAUACUUACAAAGGGUUCUUUGGAAACCUAUUUUCAAACUAUCAUGUACUUAUGUCUCCUCUACAACUUGUUGGUCCAUAUAUCCUUUAGUACAGUGGCUUGCGAAAGUAUUCACCCCCUUUGGAAUUUUUCCUAUUUUGUUGCCUUACAACCUGGAAUAAAUAAAACAAAUUGGGGGUGGGGGGUUGUAUCAUUUGAUAUACACAACAUGCCUACCACUUUGAAGAUGCAAAAUAUUUUUUAUUGUGAAACAAACAAGAAAUAAGACAAAAAAACAGAAAACUUGAGCGUGCAUAACUAUUGACCCCCCCAAAGUCAAUACUUUGUAGAACCACCUUUUCCAGCAAUUACAGCUACAAGUCUCUUGGGGUAUGUCUCUAUAAGCUUGGCACAUCUAGCCACUGGGAUUUUUUCCCAUUCUUUAAGGCAAAACUGCUCCAGCUCCUUCAAGUUGGAUGGGUUCCGCUGGUGUACAGCAAUCAUUAAGUCAUACCACAGAUUCUCAAUUGGAUUGAGGUCUGGCCUUUGACUAGGCUAUUCAAAGACAUUUAAAUGUUUCCCCUUAAACCACUUGAGUGUUGCUUUAGCAGUAUGCUUAGGGUCAUUGUCUUGCUGGAAGGUGAACCUCCGUCCCAGUCUCAAAUCUCCGGAAGACUGAAACAGGUUUCCCUCAAUAAUUUCCCUGUAUUUAGCGCCAUCCAUCAUUCCUUUAAUUCUGACCAGUUUCCCAGUCCCUGCCGAUGAAAAACAUCCCCACAGCAUGCUGCUAUGAGGAUGGUGUUCUUGGGGUGAUGAGAGGUGUUGGGUUUGCGCCAGACAUUGCGUUUUCCUUGAUGGCCAAAAAGCUAAAUUUUAGUCUCAUCAUUUGGGGAGUCUCACACAUGCCUUUUGGCAAACACCAAACGUGUUUGCUUAUUUUUUUCUUGAAGCAAUGGCUUUUUUCUAGCCACUCUUCAGUAAAGCCCAGCUCUGUGGAGUGUACGGCUUAAAGUGGUCCUAUGGACAGAUACUCCAAUCUCCGCUGUGGAUCUUUGCAGCUCCUUCAGGGUUAUCUUUGGUCUCUUUGUUGCCUCUCUGAUUAAUGCCCUUCUUGCCUGGUCCGUGAGUUUUGGUGGGCGGCCCUCUCUUGGCAGGGUUGUUGUGGUGCCAUAUUCUUUCAAUUUUUUAAUAAUGGAUUUAAUGGUGCUCUGUGGGAUAUUUUUUUUAUAACCCAUCCCUGAUCUGUACUUCUCCACAACUUUGUCCCUGACCUGUUUGGAGAGCCCCUUGGUCUUCAUGGUGCCGCUUGCUUGGUGGUGCCCCUUGCUUAGUGGUGUUGCAGACUCUGGGGCCUUUCAGAACAGGUGUAUAUAUACUGAGAUCAUGUGACAGAUCAUGUGACACUUAGAUUGCACACAGGUGGACUUUAUUUAACUAAUUAUGUGACUUCUGAAGGUAAUUGGUUGCACCAGAUCUUAUUUAGGGGCUUCAUAGCAAAGGGGGUGAAUACAUAUGCAUGCACCACUUUUCCGUUCAUUAUUUUUUUGAAUUUUUGAAACAAGUAAUUAUUUUCAUUUCACGUCACCAAUUUGGACUAUUUUGUGUAUGUCCUUUACAUGAAAUUCAAAUAAAAAUCCAUUUAAAUUGCAGGUUGUAAUGCAACAAAAUAGGAAAAACGCCAAGGGGGAUGAAUAAUUUUGCAAGGCACUAUAGCUGUGAUUACAAUAGUGGAUGUCUGAUAAACACUGAGAAGUUAAGAUAACAAAACUUUAUUGUCCAUUACAUUUUCAUUAUACUACAGUACAGGAACUAUAUGUUUCCUAUAUUACCUUCCUCAUUUAAAGCAACAGGCCAGUCAUUAACAGUUUUCUGAUAUUUAAUUUCUUCCCUCUGUGCCUGACCAGCUAUGGCAGCCCGACAGGUGGACAUCGCUACUCAGGGCUGGUUCAUCGGCCUGAUGUGUGCCAUCGCUCUCCUCAUCCUCGUCCUCCUCAUCAUCUGCUUCAUACAGAGAAACAAGGGAGGAAAAUACCCAGGUCGGUACUUUUGGUUUGGACACAUACGCACGCAUGUAUACACACAUGCAAGCAAGCACACACAUACACGUACACAUGCUGUCGCCUCCAUAUCCACCACCCAUCACCCAGAUCCAUCACCCAUCUUAGGCCAUAGUAGAAGACACAUUUGAUUAAUCUCUUCCCACAGUGAAAGAAAAGGAGGACGCACACACGGACCCAGAGUUCCAGCCCAUGAAAGAGGAUGACUGUAAUUUCGGGGAAUACAGGUGAGAAACAUGACUCUCCUGGAGCCUGUGGGGCCCCAAUUCUUCCCUGUCCUAACCCAAACCAAAAGCCCCCCCCCCCCCCCCCCCCAACCACCCCACCAAGCCCCUGCUCACUCCCCAGACCUGGUUCUUCUCAGCAAGGCAGGAGCUCUGGCCUCCUCAUCCUUACAGCUGACCUCCACCUGCCGCGGGACCACCAUCGUUCUAACAGGGAUUCUGGCAGUGCAGACCUGUAAAGCACAAGCCUCUUCUUAUGGAAGAGGUUGGGACAGGGACGGGGAGGGAUUCUUCUCUGCUUAGUGUGUUGGUGGCUUGUGUGCCCGCCAGUCGCCAGAUUGAUAUUGUAGUGUGUUUGACUGUGUUGCAUCAUUCGAUAAGCAGGAUAUACAGUAUUAUUCAGGUCUAAGUUUUAGGGGUUUAGGUUUUUCGGGGACAUUUAAAAGUUUCCCCUAGAACUGUCAGGAAUAUUUUAUAAAAUUAAUUUGCAGUAUUCCAAGCUGGCAUGCAUAGAUACCUGUCCCACUAAGUUCUCAUUUAUAACAACAUUGAUACCUUGUAACGAAUACAUUAUGCAUAUAAAUAUACAGUAGCUUUUGUAUUAUGCAAUAUACUGUGCGUACAUACUUAAUAAAUUAAUAUUUGCAUACAUAAGCAUACUGUACCGUAAGGAUACUCAUCCCAGUUGAUAUAAGCUCUGACUAACUAACUGCAGUAAUCUAGUUAUGCUUGCUAUAGCGUCUUCUAACUGUUUUCUAGCCUGCUUGCUUUUCCAACGCAGAUAUUAAGAAAAAUGAAGCACUUUACUUAUUAUGUAUAGCAUCAUUAUUUUGUACUGGUCCAGCUUUUUUCCAAUUUAUAUGUUUUUUUUUUUCUUCUUAUAUUUGAUAUUAUUACUUUUUGUAUCAUGUAUUUAAACAUAAAUAUGUUCUAUAAUAUACAUUCUAUCUAUCAUGUAACAAAUAAAUACACUACACAACCAAAAGUAUGUGGACACCUGCUCGUCUGGGAAGGCUUUCCACUAGAUGUUGGAACAUUGCUGCAGGGACUUCCAUUCAGCCACAGGAGCAUUAGUGAAGUCAGGCACUGAUGUUGGGCGAUUAGGCCUGGCUCGCAGUCGACGUUCCAAUUCAUCCCAAUGGUGUUCAAUGGGGUUGAGGUCAGGGCUCUGUGCAGGCCAGUCAAGUUCUUCCACACUGAUCUCGACAAACCAUUUCUGUAUGGACCUCGCUUUGUUCACAGGGGCAUUGUCAUGCUGAAACUGGAAAGGUCCUUCCCCAAACUGUAACCACAAAGUUGGAAGCACAGAAUCAUCUAGAAUGCCAUCGUAUGCUGUAGCCCCAGACCAUUUUCCCUCCUCCACCAAUAUUUUAUACACCUGUCAGCAACGGAUGUGGCUGAAAUAGCCGAAUCCACUAAUUUGAAGAGUUGUCCACAUACUUUUGGCCAUGUAGUGUAUAUAGAAUGAUGGAUAUAUAAUGUUGUGUGAUAUGCAUGGCGUAAUGAAGAUCGUAUAUAAAACUCGCUGUAGGCAAUAAUGUCUUGGAUGAAAUCAUAGAUAUGUACAGUAUAAGUAAUCCAGUAUGAAGCUAUCAGCAUGUUGGAGUUAAAAGGCCAGCCCUGAGUGUACUGUACAUUCUAGUGCUGAAAGAUGUUAUUUAAAGAUUAAACAAGGCAAAAGGCUAUUCUUAUUCUGUCCACAUCAUAACUCUAUCUAGUUUAUGAUCAUAACAUGAGAGACACCCUAAUAAGCUAAAUCUGUUUUUUUAAAAAACAUUCAAAUAGCAAAAUAAUAGACAAUAUAACAGUUUAUAUUGUUCAAAUAACAAGUAUUAGACAAUAUAUCACAAGUCUAAAUGUAUGAUAUAGAGUGCCUUUGUGAAGAGAUAUAAAACUUUCCAUCCAUGCCAUUAUUCCAACCAUGGAGCUUUAUGUCAAUAAAUACUAAUCUAACUCCACUGAGCUGUUCUGGUUUGACUGCAGGCUUGCAUAAGUCCUGUACUGUAUCUAUGAUGUAACUAUUGACCUUGAACGCCAGUGUCUACACUUACAGGGGUGAAAUGUGAUGUUAAAGAAAGAUACAUACUGCUAUGUUUGGAUGGAUGUGUGGGUGCUGUAUGCUUAUACACAGAAGGGACACAGUAAAACCCACAUGAAAACACUGAUGGGUUACCAACCAUACAAUACACAAAUGCAGGCUUGUCUCAUCUGCACUGCAGUACUUGUUCUGUCUGCAGUUGAAUACAUUAUUCCCAUUUUAAAACUUAGUAAAAGACUGUCAAUUCUGCCAUGAAAGAUUAUAUUUAUACUCAUAGCAUAUCAAGUGAUCCUGUGUGUGUGUGUGUGUGUGUGCAUGUGUGCGUAGAUUCUUGUGUGUGCGAGUGUGUGCACGCUGGUGAGGCGUUAGUGAUUAUCUCUCUCUGUCUGAUCACUUUAUCUGUUCCUCCUGCACUCUGUUUAUUGGGGCAUGUAGGUGUCAGGCAAGGUAAGGAGUGGGUACUGCAAGACUGGCAUGAGAGGAGUGACCGAAGGGCUGCUAGACUGUGAUAUCUGUCUGAUAAACAGUACUUACUGCCACUUGGAGAAAAAGGCCUGCUGUAAAACCACCCCAGAGUACACCACUGUCCUUAUCUGUGCUAUAAACUGUCACGAACUGUCAUAAAGCCUACAUAGUGGUAUCAUCAUUUAUCAUCAUAGGACUUUUGGUGUCCAAUGCAGUGCUUUCAGUCAUUCAUCUGUGGCAAGAUAGCAUCCUGAUGACGUUGGAGUGUUGUUAAGUAAUGCUUUAUUAGCUGACAUAACCUGUUAUGAAUGGCUAUAACAGGUGUAAUAAAAGAGCGAUAGCAUUAUGAAGGCUUUAUGAAAGAGAGUCCACCUGCUAUUCACUAUCAUGAAUCAUCAUCUGACAUCGAUUUGAAUGUUGACUAACUAAUGUUAAUCCUCAAAGAAAGCUUUCUUUGCAGUUUCUUCAUUUGUUUGCAAAAUUGUGAUUAUUUGUUAUUUCUGCUUUGGCUGACAAUCUUUGGAUUUUCAGUUUUUCAUUGCAACCUUUGUUGGGGAGAAACAUUUAUGUCUAGCAAUACAGCACAUAUGUAUUAUUUUCCACCUCAUGUCAUGGUUUCAGGGGGAAUUUGGAAUGUGGAUGAUUUUGCCUGUAUUCCCCUGGUGUGUGAUGAAAACCAACACAUCGCUCACAUCAUUUUUUUUUAGACUUGGGGCAAGAUCAAAUAAACAUUCUGAUACUGUUAACAUCCACUGUCAGAAGUAGCCUUCUGAGUCCAAAUUUCAACCCAAUUCAGGAUAUAAACUAAUAUUUUCAUAAGAUGUGAAGUAAUAUAUGUUUAACUCUUUUUCUAGAAUUAGACACAUUUGAAUCCAGGCCUUAGGCUAUCUUUCUUUCCAAUACUUGGGUAAUGGUAGUAAAAGUAAUUGGAAAUACUUCAGCGCUCCAUCUAAAAAAAGGCCAUACACUAAACUCCUUGUUUACGUCAUUCUAUCAUCAUUUCACCUGCAUGUCGUUUUCUCCUAGUGACACUGAGGACCAUAAGCCGUUAAAAGGGAGCCGCACACCGUCUAACGGGACGGUGCACAGGGACAACAGUGACGACAGUUUAGUUGACUACGGUGGCGAUGGUGGAGACGGCCAGUUCAACGAGGAUGGGUCUUUUAUCGGACAGUAUAGCGGAAAGAGCUCCGCCAGGGACACUGCUGGGGGUCACGAAAGCUCUGAGGCCCCGUCCCCUGUUAAUACCUCCGCUAUGAACUCCUUUGUGUAGCCAGCUGGUUGGUCAGUAGGUCAGCCAGGUGGAGGGAUAGGCAGCCUGGCCAGUAGGUGGUGCUGCAGUAAACGGAACUCCUUUGUAGCCAGCUGGCUAGACAGCCAGGCCCAUAGGUUUGUGUAGCCAUACAUUUGGACAUCCAGACCUGUAGGGGCGCUCCAGUGACUGUUCCAUUCGCCAUUUUCACAGGGCUGUUCCUCAAAUCACCUUGUGUCAUCACAUGCCCCUCCCAUCCGCACACUACAGUCACAAACACAGGAGACUUAUUAAGAGACACAUAAGAGACACGUGUGAGAUUCUCUACACUAACGCAAUGCUGCAGGAUACUACUAGAGGAUUGUACGUUAUCAUUUGGAAAUCAUUGAAUUUGUGGAUGGAUUGUGGAGACUGUUCCAACUGUUUUAUUCUCUGUAGCCUAUUGAUUUAGUAGCGACACUUAGAACCGGACAUCUUCCUGAAAUUAUGUACAACCAUAUAUUAACACAAAUUAGUAUAUUAUUACAUUGAAGCUAUUGUCUAGCUAUCUUGGACUACUAUGUGGUACACAUUUGAAUUAUUUGUGUUUGCCAUAUUGUUUUUCCGGUCAAUCAUUAUAUUGAUAUUAUUGUGUAUGUUAGAGGUACUUUGCCCUUCAGGGCAGCCAUAAAGAGGCAUCAGUGUCUUUGACGACAUGGUGGUGAAACGUGUUACUAAAUGUAUGACUAUUAUUCUAUGUCUUUUUGCAAGAUGGGGGCUGUUUGUACAGUACAUACAGUUGAAUUUACAGUGCAGGAUUAUGUACAGUGA